AUGACAUCGGUCAGCGUCAUGAGAAUGAUGACCUCUGAUACAAGCCGAGGAUUUGAUGUUUUCGUUUUGCGUCUGAUGCCGAUUCGCUGCUGUCCUCCGACCGGUGGUGGUUUGCUAGUAACUAUGCACUUUACAAUUCCUGCGCUGUACUUCCAAAGCGGCUAUCCCGGUUCAGCAUCUUGA